AGAGCGAAUGAGGCGCAGGUAGGGGACGGAAAGGAAGGAUGGCAGUGCAGCCACGUGGGUCAGCGCCGUACUCCCGCUGACUCUUCUUGCCCUGUUGUCAGGGGGAGGAGGAAACAGCCGCAGCAGCCCUGACAAGGAGCAAACUCAGCAAGAAACUUCCUCAGGAAGGCUCGGCGGCGGCUUCUGCGCCCCUCUUUCAUCUCCUCCCGCCCAACAACGCACGAGGCAGUUCCACGCAUUGGGCAGGCGGGUGCACCUCCCAUGAGCACAGCUGCCGCAGUGGUUCCUUUUGCAUCCGCACACAGGUGGGAGGCAGAGGAAAGGGACCCAGAAAGAGGCGCCCUCCUGCACCGUGCGACCCGGCAGCCCUUCGAAGCUGUCACCAGAGACACACCGGGGUGGGCUUCUUAAGUCGGUAGGUCAGGAGGCUCUUCCUCAAGGGCCAGCCGCAGUCCGUCCUGCUUCCUUUUCUUUUGAAAAAAUCACAGCCCUCGGCAGCAAGUUCUUGGUAGAGAAGAAAAGGCAGGCAUGGAGUUGAGUGUCGGAAGUGUAAUUGCUUAUAUCAGCUCUUCAAGCUCUGCAUCUAGCCCUGCUUCCUGUCACAGUGAAGGCUCAGACAACAGUUUUCAGUCCUCUUCUUCCCCUGUACCACCAUCACCAAACAGUUCCUCCUCUGAGGGGAGCUACAGUAACAAGAGUAAGGAACACUCUGAUGGAAGUCCAACCAUUGACCAGUUUGAGAAUCACACUAAGACAAAUCAAUUGAGUGAUGCCUCAGCAGCAAAAAGUCAUAAAGGGUUUGCAAAAUUUAAUGGCAUGAUCUUGCUGUGUAAAGUCUGUGGAGAUGUUGCUUCAGGAUUUCACUAUGGGGUCCAUGCCUGUGAAGGCUGCAAGGGUUUCUUUAGAAGAAGCAUUCAGCAAAAUAUCCAAUAUAAGAAGUGCCUGAAAAAUAACAACUGCUCUAUAAUGAGAAUGAAUAGAAACAGGUGUCAGCAAUGCCGAUUCAAAAAAUGCUUGUCUGUAGGAAUGUCAAGAGAUGCUGUUCGAUUUGGCCGAAUUCCUAAACGAGAGAAGCAGAGGAUGAUAAUUGAAAUGCAAAGUGCCAUGAAAACUAUGAUGAAUACGCAGUUCAGUGAUCACUUGGCCAGUGAAGCAUUAAAAGAUAGCCAGGAAGCAUUGCUCUUAGUGCCUCAGGAACAGCUGAACUCCAAACUAAAGCAAGAAGAAACUGCCAAAAAGCCCACUUCUCCUUCUCCUCUUCCUCCUCCAUUAUGUCCUGCUCUUUCUUUGCCCUCUGACAUUGCCAAAGAAGAAGUGAUUGGCAUGGUGACCAGUGCCCACAAAGAUACAUUUAUGUACAAUCAGGAACAACCAGAAGAUCGUACCACUUCAAAUGGGGAGAAAAAUCUUAAAUACUUGGAGCAAUACAAUUCUGGUGGUGAAGCCGAUGAUGGUAGCAUAAGCAAUGUGCUUCAAAAUGGGAAUAUUAAACAUUUCAAUGGACAGUUUAAAGGGCAAAACAAUAUGCGCUAUCCAAGUGGGUAUAAUCUUUGCUUCCAUUCUAUGAACUUCACCAAUGGCUUUACCACAAAAGGGUAUAAUAAAAUGCUCGAAAAUGGCUUUUCUUCCAUUGAAUCUCUGAAUGUGUAUUCCUGCAGCACUGAAGACAGAAUGCACCUGGUUUGCCCAAUGAACAAGACUCCUUUUGUGGAUCCAAAUAAGUCUGGUCAGGAAGUCUGGGAAGAAUUUUCCAUGAGCUUUACCCCUGCAGUAAAGGAAGUAGUGGAAUUUGCCAAGCGUGUUCCAGGUUUCCGAGAUCUUUCCCAACAUGACCAAGUAAACCUUCUGAAGGCUGGAACCUUUGAGGUACUAAUGGUACGGUUUGCAUCUCUAUUUGAUGCAAAAGAUCGUACUGUCACUUUUCUUAGUGGAAAGAAGUACAGUUUGGAUGAUCUACGUACCAUGGGAGCUGGUGAUCUGCUGAACUCCAUGUUUGAGUUUAGUGAGAAGCUAAAUGCACUCAACCUUAGUGAUGAAGAAAUGAGUUUGUUUACAGCGGUGGUCCUUGUAUCUGCUGAACGAUCAGGAAUAGAGAAUGUCAAUUCUGUGGAAGCACUGCAAGAAACAUUGAUCCGUGCACUCAGGACUUUGAUCACAAAAAAUCAUCGAAAUGAAGCCUCUAAAUUUACAAAACUACUUUUGAAACUGCCUGACCUGCGUUCCUUAAAUAACAUGCACUCUGAAGAACUUCUAGCCUUUAAAGUUCAUCCAUAGGCUUUUAUCUCCUGCUUAUAUACUUGAUCUAUCUAAAAUUAAUUGUUUUUAUUUUGUGCUAAAAAUUUUUUGUUUAUAUUUGUACAUGCUUCUGUGAAGGAUUUGUAUAAUAGUGAAAUGAUGCAGUAAAUGCAUCAGGUUGACCCUUAUUUCACCAUUCACAAAAUGGCUGCAGAUUUCUUUUUGAUUUUCCAAAACAGUCCCACUUGCACAAAAGCUGAAGAAAUUACACUAAAUAUUAUAGGUGCUGACUUCUUUGUCUUUACAGAAAAGAUCAUUUAAUUAUCCUAAAGAAGAAUACCCAGUAGCUACAAAUGGAAAGCUGUACUUCGAAUAAAUGAAAAAAGACUAUUGGUCCAUCUCAUGCUUAAGUAGAUACCUUGCUAUAUAAAGAAUUUUUUCAAAUUUUUUUGUUUCUGAUUACACUAUGAAUGAAGUUUAUGAAAGAAUCAGUUUAUAUUAAUUUGUUCACUUUAAUAUAAAAUUGCAUAUUCAUCUCUGUACAUGUUUAUGUGUGCAAAUGCACAUACAUACACACAUAUAAUGUGAACAGAGAUGGGUGUAUUAUUACUUUAUAAACUUCAUGUAUGUACAUAAUUAUAUAAGUAUAUAAAUAUAAAUAAACUUCACAAUAUUUUCAGCUGUGAACAAGUUAAAGGAGGAUUAUCCAUAUGAAUGCAUUUGGUUCAGUACAGUUGGAAGUAAAAAGUUUAGAGACUCCCAAAUUAGUAUGUUGAUAUGUUGAAUUUGUUAAUUUUGGUCACUUAAAACAAUAUAAGUGAAGAGAUAAAUAGGUCAAAUUUAAACAUUAUUGAGAAUGUGGGGCUUUUUCCUAAAAAAAAUGUCUUUAAUAUUAUAUGUACCUAAAGUAGUAGGCAUUUAAAAUUAGUGCUCAGCCUUGCGAGUUUUCCUGUAAAGUUUCCAUGGAGAAUCAUGGAAGAAAACCAUGUUACGCCUUUGUUCCAUAUUGGGUGUUCUGUGAAUCAUUUAUGCUACAUACAUAUGCAAAUUGAAUGCUACAUAAAUCAGUCUUGUAACAUGAGUGGGACUUUUAAAAUCAGUUUUGUUAUAUCUCCAAAGGUUUUUCAAAACUGAUCUAGGUUGUCCGAUACCUGUGAAGUUCUGUUAAUUUCAUGACUUUUUAAAUGCCAGUGACAAAUUCCUAAGCAAGGAUUUGCUGUAUUUUCUGUUGCAUUUUUCAAAUUAAUGUAUUAAUUGUUUCAUGCUGUUCUUAGUGUGAAAAUAUUUUAGUUGGAUCAAAGUACGACUAUGUCAGUAUCAAACCUUUGAGAUUUUCCAAAAUAUGACUUUUGAAAAUACAUUGAUAUUUCAUGUAGUUAUUUAGUACUUAACUCCUCUCAAACUUUCCAUAACUUUAUGUGAAAAAUUACAAUAUCAUAGUUGAUACAUAAUUUUUAGGCCAAUGCAUCACUACAUGUAAAAAUAUUUGUUUUCAAUCUUAUUAUAUAGCAUUAUUAUUUGAUUUAAAUUAAUUUCUGUGAUCUUUCUAGACAUCAAACCCCUAUUUUGUUUAUUUCAAGCAACUAUUGGGAUGUGUUUUUACCAUAAUUUGUUCACAUUAAAAAAAUGCUCAACUGCAAGUUACAGUUUUUUUGGGGGGGGAUAAUUAUUUUUAAAAAUAGUUACCAAAUAUCAAAAAUCCAAAGAUAAGUUAGUCAUUUCCCAUCAAUUUUUUUUAAAAAUUGGAGGCAAUUACUUGAUUCUAGAUUUCUCACAUGUUUUUGUCUGGAAGGAAAAUGUUGCUUGAACUUUAUGAACAAUUGCUUAUGUUUCAAAGAAUCAAUACACCAAAUACAUACACUGAAUGUAGGUUAGAAAAAUACCCUAUAAAAUAAACUUGCAUAAUUUCAACUUAAGCUUGAGUUUAUUCACUGAAGGAAAAAAAAUAUUCAGUUUCUUUAGAAACAAGAUGUAGAUUUGAAUUCACCUUCUGUCUGAAAUCUGGAACCUUGAGCACAUACUUACAUUAUGCCCUCACUCUUUCUUUGUCUUAACAGAAUAAUGGAAACAAGCGUCUGGAGGUUCUCAAUCAUCCAGGUCAUGUCCCAAAGAUGUUUUGCCAAAAGGCAACUGGACUUUCUUGCUUCCCCCCCAACUCCCCGAAAACAUUUCAUUUCUCAUCCAAGAAGCUAAAGAAUUGAAGAAGCUUCUUGGAUGAGAAGUGAAUCAUUUUCAAGGAAAUAACAAAAAGGUCACUGCAUAGCUGUUCCCACAAAAGCCACUGUAUAGCUGUUCCCAUUGUCCCAAAGGUGGCAACUGGCCUUUUGGAAAAGCACCUUUGGGACAAUGGGAACAGCUAUGCAGUGGCUUUUACCAAUAGUCAUACAAUAAUGAAAACGAAUAUGGUGAUAAUAAACCAUUGCAUAAUUACCCCUGACUUUUGCCAAAUACUAUGUGCAGGUGGAGGAACAGUCCUUAUGUCACAGUCAAAUGUGACCUAAGAUUUAAGUUUCUGAAUUUUAACUAAAGAAGCUGUGUGAUGUGAACUCUGCUUUACUGUGGUCAUAGGUUAUGUGCUAUUUAAAAUACUGAGAAAUAUGUCAAAAUCUUUGAAUACUGUUGAUGGACAUUG